AUGGCCAAUUCGACACCCAGAGCCACAAACGGGCCCCGUGAUGGCGUAGCACUGUACGACACUCGGCAGACUGCCCUAACGCCGCAGCAGGAAACAGCGCAUGUCAGUGCAUCGCAUUACAAUGACCACACGGAGCUUCCGUACGAGUAUCCGACGGCGCUCCCGCUUUACCUCGUUCUAACCUCGGUCACUCUGGCUUAUUUCUUGUUCUUUCUCGAUCUUGCUGUCAUCUCGACGGCAACUCCUGCCAUUACCUCUCAGUUCGACUCGUUGGUGGAUGUCGGCUGGUACGGCGGUGCCUACCAGCUUGGAAGCGCUGCCUUUCAGCCCUUAACCGGCAAGCUGUAUAGUCAGUUCUCCACCAAGUGGACGUUCCUUCUCUUCUUUAUCAUCUUCGAGAUCGGAUCUGCCAUUUGCGGAGCAGCCCAGUCGUCCGCCAUGUUCAUUGUCGGUCGUGUCAUCUCCGGUGUGGGCUCUGCCGGCGUGGCUAACGGUGCGCUGACAAUUAUCGCUGCCGUUCUCCCAAGGAAGAGGCAGCCGCUCUUCAUGGGAGUCAAUAUGGGCAUUGGCCAGUUAGGCCUGGCCACGGGCCCCAUCAUCGGCGGCGCCUUUACCUCCCAUGCAUCCUGGCGGUGGUGCUUUUACAUCAAUCUCCCCUUGGGCGUCGUCGUCGGUGGGUUCCUUCUCUUCAACACGAUACCCGAACCAAAGCCCAAGCGCCCGGCUCUCCAAGUGCUCGGCACGGCUGUCAAAUCCUUGGACCUGCCAGGCUUCUUCCUCAUCUGCCCCUCGGCCGUUAUGUUCCUAUUAGGUCUACAGUACGGCGGGAACAAUUAUCCGUGGGACAGCUCCGUAGUCAUCGGCUUGCUGGCCGGCGCCGCGGUCACAUUCUGCCUCUUCAUUGCCUGGGAACGGCGCCAAGGCGAUGAGGCCAUGGUGCCAUUUACAAUGCUCAAACACCGCGUCAUCUGGUCGGCCGCUAUGACCAUGUUCUUCAGCCUGUCUAGCACCCUUGUGGCCGACUUUUACAUUGCAAUCUACUUUCAGGCUAUUCUGAACGACUCGCCGUUGAUGAGCGGGGUGCAUAUGCUGCCGGUAACACUGGGCAUGGUCCUGUUCACCAUGAUUUCGGGUGUUUUGAUUUCUGUGCCCUACAUUGCUAUACAGAAUCUCGUGCCUGCGGAGCAGAUUCCACUCGCCAUGGCCAUCAUUAUUUUCACACAAAAUAUCGGGGCCGCCACGUCACUCAUCGCCGCCAACGCCAUAUUCAGCAACAGCCUUCGACACGAGCUACAGCAACGCGCCGAACAGAUUGGCCGCACUCCGGAUGCAAUCGUCGCGGCUGCCUACAGCAAGAGCAUUGACCACGUCAUGUACCUCGGCAUCGGCGUCAGUGUUGCCGGGCUGGUCUUUGCUUGGGGGCUAGGAUGGACGGAUAUCCGCAAGAUCGAGAAGCCCAAUGCCAUUAUCAGCGACACUUCUGACGCAGGCGAGAAGGACCCGAUCCCAACAGUCACGGCGAACAGCAAGUAG